CGCAGCCUCCUUUUCGAAGUCAUACCUAGCAUCAUUUGUCCAAGAUGGCGAACAACGAGCUUAGACAGCGUUUGUUGCAGCCUGAUGAAGAGGAGGCAAACCUUUCUUGGGAUCCUGAUAGCCUGCCAUUAAAAAGCAAACUCAAAUUAGCUAGAAAAGCUAAAGAAGAUCCAUUGUAUGUCUUCGUUUUAGAGGUCUUGGCAAUUCUCUUCACAAUAGCAGGGGCACUCUACUGUUGGUUUUACUUUGACAAUGUACACUUCCAUGUGUCCCAUGCAUACGCCCAUCUUGGCUACGAUGUGGCUCAACAUCAUGUUGGACAGAGAUAUUUACACGGUAAAGGAGUCGAUAAGCAUCCAGAAAAAGCAAUGGAAUGGUUCAGGAAAGCUGCGGACCAAGGACACCCUCAUGCUGCAUAUAAUCUGGCCAUUGGUCACCUAAAGGGCUAUAAAACUGAUUUGAAGCCAGGGGAGUCUCACCAGCUGAUCACACAUGCUGCUGCUAAUGGAGUCCAAGAGGCCCAUCACGUUCUGAACUCUGUGUGCACCAAAGGAGGGUGUCACUGAUCUCUACGGCUGUCACUCAACAUGCAUCUUGUGAAGUCUGUCAUAGAUGGCUUGUUGAUUGUUUUUUUUUUUCAAUUGUGAUUUGACUUUUUAAUAGUUACCGUAUUAAAUGUUUUAAACUCAAGUUUUUAAACAAAUUGAUAAUCAAAUUUAUAUAUCUACUUACUGUGAUAGUUUUUUUUUUCUUCUGUCUUUUUUUUUAUAUAUUUUUCUUGAUAAGGAAAUGUGGUUAAAUUCAGCUAACAGAUUCAGAUAAUAAUUUUUAUAAAAAUGUCCUUACCAAACAGCUAAAAUAUCUUUAGAGCAAUAAAUAUAUUGUCUGUAGGUGGCAAGCUUACAAACUGAACUAUAGUCAUGCUUUUCAAGAACUGCUCAGCGUUUAGGCUUUUUUUAUUUGUAAAGGCAUUUUACUUUUAUAUAGCAUCACUUAUCAGAUAAGAACUAGAAGGAAAUGAGAAGGCUUACACACUCGCCAAGAGUAGGAGAACUAACUCACUAAUAAACUCUGCACUCUAUCCAGAAGAAUUGAAGAAAUUAAUCGUAAAUAAAAUAAAUGAGAAAUGGACGAGCUCUCAUCCAAAUCACAAGAAAGAUGACGCUUACUAUAAGCUAUCCGGACAAGACAGACGUCUAAUCUUUCGACUCAGGACCAGACACAACAGAAUGCGACAACACAUGUACCGGAAGCUCAAAAUUGGAACCAGUGAAAUCUGCCCAUGUGGAGUAUCACCAGAGAAUUCAGACCACAUCCUCCAAAACUGCUCUCUUUACCAAGAGACCCGUAUAAGACACUGGCCCCUGAUUUGGAAACCACUGUGCAGUUCAUCUCAUGUAUUGGUCUACUCAUCUGAACAUUCCAACAUAACAAUGAGAACGAAGAAGAAGAAGACUGAUCAGAUAGUGUCUGCAGGCUGUACAUUGACCACUGUUGCAUUUUUUUUUUAAAGAAACAAAACCAUAAAAGUUAUUAACAUGCACAGUUUUAAAACAAACAUUUUUUUAGAUGUUCACUGUACACAAGUACUUUGUGUACAACAAACAUUUUUUUAGAUGUACACUGUACACAAGUACUUUGUGUACAACAAACAUUUUUUUAGAUGUACACUGUACACAAGUACUUUGUGUACAACAAACAUUUUUUUAGAUGUACACUGUACACAUGUAUACAACAAACAUUUUUUUAGAUGUACACUGUACACAAGUACUUUGUGUACAACAAUGUCUUUUGUAAUAUCAUUAAAUAGCUUAUGAAUUAUGAAAUUUUAAAGGCCUACAACUGUAGUAUUAAUAAGGAAAAUAUUAUAAUACCUUUUUUUUAAUUAACAAAAUUAAAGCUUACAUAAAGGGGAAACCUCCACAUUUACAGUCACAUUAUCUCAAUAAUGUAGUGUAAGACUUCAUUCCCUUUUUUAAAUGAAUUAAUUAACACUAUUUAAUUAACUAGUUGAAUAUUUUUUAUUGAUUCAUGUUUUGUUUGGAACAAUGAAUAAUUUAAGUUUAAACUUGAUUCCAGAAUGUUAAGUGGGAGAAAUAAAAAUGUCCAAAAUUUGUACUAGACACACAGAGUGUACCAGACACACAGAGUGGAUUAACAUAAGCUUUGCAAAACCCAAAAAAAAAAAAAAAAUUUUUUGAAGCAUGGAAACAUUUUCAAACUUGUGUAAAUUAUUCUCUGUGAUGCAUUUGAGAUGAAAUUUUUUAAUUUCUAAUGAAGAAUUUUUUAAAUGAAUAUCUUAUAGCUAAAGUUGUUUUCUGUUUGUUUUUCACAUCAUUAAGUCAGCUAAUUUAAGUAAGAUAUUUAUUUUUUCUAAAAUAUGUGUUCUCUUUAUCUAGUCAUUAUUUUUGUGUGUGGAUCUAAAAUAAAUUGUUCACAUAUAUCCUCAGGUAUAUAUUCGAUGCACAUUCCGUCCAAAGUGUUCUAUUAACAGGGUUAUAUAUGUUUUCUAUCCAGACUGCACUAACUGCUGAAAUCUAGAAGUUUUAUAAUCUGUCUUUUUUUAGUUGAAACUCUUUUUGAAUUUUAAGACAAGUGUUUUUGUCUUAUUUUAGUUCAAACUCUUUUUAAAUUUUAAGACAAGUGUAUUUGUCUUUUUUUAGUUGAAACUUUUUUCAAUUUUCUGACAAGUGUUACUGCUGAUAUAGUUGUUCACAAUAAAUAUAUUACACGUGAA